AUGGGAGAUAUUGGUCAUUAUGAUGCUGCAGGAAAUUUCUUCGUAGUAGACAGAUUAAAAGAACUCAUUAAGUUCAAGGGCUUUCAGGUUGCACCAGCGGAAUUAGAAGAUAUAUUAUUGACCCAUCCUGAAAUACAAGACGCUGCUGUGAUCGGUGUACCUGAUGAGUAUGCUGGUGAACUCCCUAAAGCAAUUAUUGUGGCAAAGACUGACACGCUUACGCCAGAAGAUGUUGUUAGAUUUAUGGACGGGCGUGUUGCUCAUCACAAAAAACUUAGAGGCGGUGCUGAGAUUUUAAAGGAACUUCCGAAGUCACAAAGUGGGAAGAUAUUACGAAGAAUACUCAGAGAUCGUGAAAAAGAAUUGAAAAAGAACAAUUAG